AUGCGGGUGCGCAUCUGUGCUGGGGAGACCGCAGAGGCGGAUUUUGGACUUAAGCCUGGGACCAAAGAAGCGGCACGUGCGCCGCAGAAGCGGGGCCGCAGGAGCGGUCUAUGCACCGCAGGUGCGAAAGUGUUGGAGACAUGCUAUGCUAGAGAGUUCAUACCGCCCCCAGCCAUUCAGAGUUCUUCUAGUGGAUAUUCGGGCCAUCAGGGUCAGGCUUCAAGACAGCAGUCUAUGGCACUGCGGGGUUGUUACGAGUGUGGGGAUCCGGGUCACAUAAAGAGAUUUUGCCCCAGACUUCAGGGCAAGGCAGUACUGCAGGGUCAUCAGCCUAUGAUUACAGCACCAGCCGUCCGGUCGCCCAGAGGUGGGGGACAGGUUGGUAGGGGUCGUCCUAGAGGUGGANGGUCAUCAGCCAUGAGUUACAGCACCAGCCGUCCGGUCGCCCGAGAGGUGGGGGGACACGGGCGGUUCUCUGGUUGUGGAUUGGAUCUACCGGUCAUGUGUGGUUACAUUAUGUGA